UUUGUUUCCAGCCUGUCUGAGGAGUGGACGUCGUUGAGGAGCUGCCAGCCAGCCAGGCAGGUGGAGCUUCUCCAUCCACUUCCACAGGUGAAGCCCCCACGGAAGGGACACAGGAGCGUGGACAGAUAUUUCCUUCAUUUUAAUGUCGGGGUGUCGCGUCUUUGCUAGAAUUAGCUGACAAGUCCAACCAUGACUUCGGUCUGGAAGCGGCUCCAGCGAGUCGGAAAGAAAGCAUCCAAGUUCCAGUUCGCUGCUUCGUUUCAAGAACUGAUAGUAGAAUGCACUAAUAAAUGGCAACCGGACAAAUUAAGAGUUGUAUGGAUCAGGAGAAACAGACGUCACAGCACAAAGCUCCACAGCUGGCAGCCGGGGAUUAAGAACCCCUACAGAGGCCUGGUGGUUUGGCAGGUUCCAGAGAGUUUAGACAUCACUGUCACACUCUUCAAGGAGCCUGCUGCAGAGGAGUUUGAAGACAAGGACUGGACUUUUGUUAUUGAAAAUGAGACAAAAGGCCACAGAAAAGUGUUGGCAUCGGCUGAUGUCAAUAUGAAGAAGUAUGCCAGUGCCACAUCGGCCCAGUAUGAUGUAACACUGAAGCUGAAACCACUGUCUGUGAAAGUAGUGGAAGCCACGCUAAAAUUGAACCUGUCUUGUAUUUUUCUCAAGGAGGGCAAGGCCACGGAUGAGGACAUGCAGAGUUUGGCCAGUCUAAUGAGCAUGAAACAGAGUGACAUUGGUAAUCUCGAUGACUUUAAUGACAGUGAUGAUGAAGCUAGCGAGGAGAGGAGGGCUAGUUUUGGAACAGGACAAGCUACUCAUUUUACUGCCUCUGCUCCCUCUUCUGCAAGAGUGCAUGAUCUGGCAUGGAGGCCUGCGGUUGAAACAGGCUCCACAGUAACCUCAGAGAUGGACUGGAAAAGGUCUUCUGGCAUUUCUUCCACCAUCUCGGCUCCAUCUCAUCCUCUUCUGCCUGAACCCCCAGACCCCUCUGUUCCGCCCUCCUUAUUGCGAACCCAAACACAACCACGGAACACUACCGAACAGGGUCAGCCCUCCCUUUAUGCCUACUCAUUGCCAGCCUUUACACGUGCUCACCCUCCUGUACUUCCCAAAAUCUUCCAGCCGAGUGGCAAAUCAGGUCCUCGAAGGCCCCAUAGCUUCCACAGUGACUCCUUUUCAGCCGAAGACUUGGAAGCCCAGGCUUUCUCUACUGUCAUCCCUCUUAAAGCCCUAUCCACAUCUUCUCUCUCCUCUGCACCCUCUGAUCCAUCUCUCCAUUCCUUUGCUUUCUCUGGCGCCUCACAAACAGUCUGUCCUAGUGCCUGGGAAGCACAACAUGUUCCUUCCGUUUCUCCUUCCUCCUCAUCACGUUCAGCUCCUCCCAGCUCCUUCCCUCUUAUACGUCCACCACCUCCUGAUCCCAGGCAGCGCAAAGCUCGCCCCACCUCUGUGGGCGAACCAGGCUCUGCCCUCACUAGACCCACCAGUCUGCCAUCUGCCCCUGAGACAGCUUCCUGGCAGUCUGAAUGGAGGCCUCCUAAAUCUCAGGCCCCUCUGGCACAGCCUGCCCUCUCUCCUAAGUUUUUGCAUCUCUCUGCCAAUGAUCCUGGACAACCUGCAGUGCUGCAGAAAAAGCAGAGAAUAGAGAUGCCAUCUUCAUCCUCUCUACCCACUGCUCAGUCUUUGGCUCUGAAACCCCUGGGAGGGUCUGGAGACGUUACUUCCUGGAGACCUCAGGUCACGUCUGCAGCAGAGAACCCCUCACCUUCUCCUCUAAGCCUUUCCUCUGCUCAUGUGUUCUCUGGGUCUUCUCCUCAGCCUCAUAUAUCCCAAACUGCCACUGUCUGGCCCAGUGAGCAGGUUGCAGAGUUCAAGAGACAGCUAAGCACACUGAGUGAAGAGGACAACCAAGGCACAACACGUCCAACCUCUGAUACACGACCCCCUGUCAGCCGGAGGCUAGGCAUGUCCAGAGCUUCAGAACGAAAAAGAGAUGCGGCAUUAAGAAGUGAAGCCGUAAAUGCCUCAGCAAGACCUGAGAGUAUGGCCACACUUCUGACCCCUAGUCCCAGACCGCCCUUAGCCCCAGGGUUAAAAUAUUGUGAGAUGCCAAAAACACAGAAGGAUCAAACAGAAUCCAGGCCAACAAGGACAUAUGCCAUCGUCCGGCCAGCACUUCCUCCCUUCACUUCGGCACCCAAGCAGAACCCUGAUUUUCAUGAUCCAGCAUCUACUUCAAUAAAGGAGCUUCUGGUUAAACCAAGAAGUCACUUGUCCCAGAUGUCCAUUCAGUUAGGGAAUCCAAUAGCUCAGCCAGAGCCUGCUCAGCCUAUAGCCCUUUCUCCUACCAACACACAACCUACUUUGACAUCACCUCAGGAACCCUUGUUGUACUUGCCUGAAAUGGCUACAAACUCUGACACAAAACUUAUAGGAGGAACAAUAGCCCUUAAAAAGGAAGCUCUAACUAUGAACUUGGGAAAUGAGAGCAUGGCUGCCUCAGUGUCAUCUUGUGUCAGAGAUGCAAAGUCUGCAAUCAGGACUGAAGAAAAGUGUGUGUACAUAUCUAAGGUGGAACUCGGCCCUUUGUGUCCAGGAGGGAAUUUUGUUUCCCAUUUACCAUCCACUGUACAACCUGAAACUCAGACUGGAGGAACAAUGAGAGUACCAAGCAUGAUCAAGUUGCUCACAAGCUGCCCACAAUGUUCCUGGAUCUUGGGCAUGGCGUCUUUACAUCAGUCACAAGUCAUAUCUUGGCCAGAUGAUGAGAGCUUAUUGUUUCAGAAGUUACCCAGUAACAUUAUGCCAUUACUCUUAUAUUCAGAUCAUAUCAGUUCACUUUUUAAGGGUAGUGCAGAAAUUGCAAAAAUGUUUACCGUAUCGUCCUGCCCCAAGUCAACCAGUAUCCCUGAAUUGCCAUCCACAUUGAAACAUGAGCCAAAUAUGACUGACUUUUUACCCACAUGCCCCAGAAUUUGCAGGAUUCCAGGUUUAGCCUCUGUUGUAUCAGUAACCAAAUAUGAAGAGAAUGUUUGGGACAGAUGUUCACUGUGGAAGAAACCGCUACAGAUAAAAGAAGCAUUUCCUUCACAUGUGUCCCGUGUUCAGGAACACACUGUCAGUAAUACCAAUAUGAUUGAAAUCAUGGUGGCCAUAUUGCCAACAUGUCCUAGAAAGGCUACUGUUCCAGGGUUUCCCUCUGCACCAUUGCAGCAGACUUCAAACACUACAAGCAUGGCCAGUCUUGUACCUACAUUUCCAAAACAGACAAUGAUUACAGGUAUGCCCGUUAAAGAAAGAGCUAUGGCAUUAAACGACAACUGCCACAUUCUGAGGGACUUCAGUUUAGAUAGAUCAUUACAAAGUAGCCCUGUUCUGCUUCAGGGAAAGUCACAGGAGGAUGAAAGAUAUAUCAAACAGUUGGACAGUAUGUUACCAUCUUGUCCUAGGCAGCACAACAUUCCUGGGAUUUCCACUUUGCCAUGCAAAGACCCCAGUAUGGCUAGUGUUCAGUUUCCACAAAGGCAAGAUUAUAGAAUGGCAGACUUUUUGCCUUCUUGUCCAAGAAAAGCCACAGUGAUUGGUUUACCCUCUAAGGAGCCAGUUGGUGAAGGCUUAGUUAUAACUGGACAUAUUUUAUUAAAGAAACUAUCUGGUAAAGGUGAUGUGUUGAUCCAGGAUACAUUCCCAGGGGCUGAUCAUGAGCCAGAUAAAAGAGAAAUAUUCAGUCCAGUGGCAAUGUUGCCCUCAUGUCCUGUGAGUUCUUGCCUUGUGGGUAUUCCUACGAGACCACAAAAACCAAUACCCAUUGUUGUCAGCCUUGUGGUUAUGUGCCCGAAACAGACCCAAAUUCCCGGAAUUGCAUGUCGAUAUCAGAACUUUUCACAAAACAAAGAUUGGCAUGUUUUAAGUGGAUUAAUUGACAAGUCAGCAGAGAAGAAUACUCAAGCGUGCAUUACUCAAUGGAUGCCAGAAGAUGCAGAAACCAUUAAAGAUAUGGUAAACAUGUUGAUAAGUUGUCCACCAAAAACUCAAGUGUUUGGUUUACCCUCAGCUCCACGACAAGAACCCAGUAUGGUAAAUAUAAUGCCCUCAUGCCCCAGACAUAGUGGAAUCCCUGGCAUCCCUUCAAAAGCUGGACAAAAAAUUGGUUUAUCCCGCUGUAUGGAAUGGUUUGCUUAUAGAAGCUUACGGUGGGAGACUCCAAUUUUCAAAAGGCUAUUGCUCAAUCUAAAUACUGUUUUGUGUUUUGAUAAAAGAAUGUGUGUAAUGUCACCCUCUUGUCCUGAGAAUGCCAGGAUACCUGGGUUUCCCUCUGCUUUGACGCUUACAAAUGAGUCAACUAUGGUAAAUUUAUUGCCUAGUUGUACAAAGGACUCUAGAGUUCCUGGAAUACCACUUAGAGACACCAACAAACAAUUUGAGUGGUACAUGGAAAGAAUGCCACUGCUAGUCCCUAGGGAGAAAUCUGUCGUCACGGUUUUAGAUGAUGUUAGUGUGUGCUAUCUUGACGGUGAAAUGAUUGUAAAAAUGGUGUCCAUAUUGCCCUCCUGCCCACGGACAGCCUGUUUACGAGGCUUUCCAUCGUUACCAUGUCAGAUGUUGGCAGAUGUACCAAGUAUGACAAGUCUGCUACCUACUUGUCCGGGUCAAUCCAGAGUUUGUGGAUUACCAUCUACUGUCUACAAUAAGUUAUAUGAAGAAGAAUGGAGCAUAAACAAAAGACCAGUAUGGGAACAGCCAUUAACAAAACCAGCAAGAUCAUCAGUAAUGCAAAACCAUAAGAUGCUUUUUAGAGAAAAUGCAGUUAGGAUUAUGGUAUCAAUGUUGCCAUCCUGUCCCAAACAUUCUAAUAUUCCUGGAAUUCCUUCUAAGGCAAGAGAGACAUCUGUGCAAGCUUACAUGAAAGAGGCUCCUACCAUGUUAAAAUCCUCAGCCACUUUUCCAAAACACUGUAAAAUUCCAGGUUCACCUGCACAGAAUAUGGCAAAAGAAUGUGAUGGCUGGUAUAUUGAUAGGGAUGUAGUUUGGGAGACCCAAUUUAAUAGAAGGUAUGGAGCUUUUUGCCAUGAUUAUACAGUUAAAGAACUGUCAUACAGGGAAAAAGAGAUAAUGCUGAGCAUACUUCCAUCUUGUCCACCACAAGCCAUGAACCCUGGAUUUCCAUCUGCUCCACGACCCCAAGCUGUUGAUGCCAUUAUUGAAAAAAAACAAGACAUGGUACAGAUGACAAUGGGAUGCCCAAGACAGUCAAAAAUCAUUGGUUUCCCUUCAAGAGUAUCAGUUUUUUCUGAUGCUGAAGUAGGCUGGCCAGUGGUGAUGGCAACGAUGCAAGAGUGCGGGGAAUUUAACAGAAAGUAUUGUUCUCCCUACCAUGAAAUAAUGAAGGAAGUGCUCUCUCUUGAACCUUCAUCUCCAACCAUUGCCCUUAGUUCCUGCUUCAAAGCAGCUUCCAUGUCUGAUGCAGACCAACUUCCAAAUAUGGCAAAUAUUGUACCAUCUUGCCCAAAGAAAGCAUCUGUUCUUGGGCUGCCCUCAACAAAUGUGCACCUUUUAGGACAGGGCUGGACAGUUAAAAUUCCCUUGCUGGUGGAGUCAGGAUCCCAAGAAAUUGUGAAGAAAAGACAAAAGUUGAUGAGUCAACAGCUAUCAUUGGAAGAACAACCUGUUUGCAAGGUCUCUGUCAGAGAGAGAUCCAUGCCGUUUAUGUUCCCUAGCCAAGAUUUUCCAGAGGAUGUGCAACAUAGGAUGGCCAUUGAGUCAUCAACCUCUCCUGAUAAAGACGCCGACGCAACAUCAUCAAAUUCUGAAAUCCAAGUGAAUCAACCAUCCUCUGGAGAUAAUAGGAUUGAGAUAUUGUUGGACGAGGCCAACCCAACCAGAUUAAACAAUGACACAAAGAAUACAAAAUCAGUUGUGCCCUCAUAUUCUGAGGUGCAUAAAGAUGAAAAGGGCUUUUGGAUACCAAUUAGGGAAGACGUAGAUGUUCUAGAAAAAGGAAAGUUGCAUUGCAGAAUGUGGCACUCCAUUCCUGACAUGCCACUAUUUUUGACUGUUAGGAAGAGCCCAAUGGGUCAGCAGUAUACUGAUAAGGGAGAUGCUACUGUAAAAGAAACAGAGACUACUGAAGUCAAUCUGGAGGAUCAUGUUCUUUUGCCUUUAGAGGAGCCAAAUAAAACUUCUUUUGUAGAGUCGAUUGAUGACAUUUCUACACAUUAUGAUACUGUGGGUCAAAAGUGUGGUAGAUACAGUGAGAGUGGAAAUGAAAACUUGGUUUUACCACAAUCAUCAUGCUCGAUUGUUACUGGUGCAGCAGGACUCCCAAGUCAAACCGAAAUAAAUCUUUCUGAACAGGAGUCACAAAAACAUCCUUCAAGUAGGAUCAUACAGUGGGAGGAACUACCAAAGGUUACCACAGAAAAAUAUCCUACUGACAGGAUCCUCCUAUGGGAGGAGCUACCAAAGGCAACUACGGAGGAAACUAGAAAAGCAUCAGAGCUGGAAAUGAUUGAAGAAACUGUUGGCACAGUUCCGUUGUUCCCUAGUGCUUAUACGAUGUUACACACUGAUGAUAAUGCUGUUGAUGAUGAAAUUAAAUCAACGACAGAUGCUGGAAGGGCAGAGCUCUUGCCGAUAUGCCCAACUGCUGGUUGCACAUUUAAAUUCCAUACUACUAUUAAAGAAACAAUUGAAUCCCCUCUGGAUAGGGAGUCUACUUGGAAUAAGCCUUCAAAGGAUAGUGAAAUUAUAACCCCCGAGUGUCCUCUUCAUGUUGAAAGACAUGUAGAUCCAGCAGAACAAAUGGUUUAUAAUAACUCGUCCAACCCUAGUGCACUGUGUGUGCCAUUUUAUGUGAAGCCUGAAAUUGACUACAAACAGUUCACUUUCUUGGAAACUUGUUCCAGUGUGGCAAAUGUUGCUGGCAUGCCAUCCAAAUUUCCUAUGAAUGAAGAGAAACACUGGUUUCAAGAUCGAAAGCUAAUUUGGCAGAAAUCGUCACAAAUUAAGGAAAUAUUACCACUGUGUACAUCAAAGGAGGAGGAUGAACACGACAGGCGGGCAAUGGUUUUACUGGCACCCUCUUGUUCCAAGGAAGCGAGAAAUCCAGGGUUUCCAUCCAUACCACAAUGCAGUGUAGUUUCUCAUGGACCAAGUGUGGUAGAUAUUUAUCCCUUUUGUUCAAAUGUAUCCAACAUACCUGGUUCAGCAUCUUUAAAAGAGAACACACCAUGUAUAUCUCAAGAGGAGCCAGUUUUGGACAAGGAAAUUAAAACUGGGCUUGGUAUCCAGACAGUGCCACCAAAAGAAACGGAUGAAAUGAAACAAAUGAGUGCCUUGGUACCGACAAAGCAUUCUUGCAUACCAGCUAUCACUUCAGUUCCACUAGCCACUACGUCACAUCACGUAUCAAAAGGGAUUAGCAUUUCAGGUUCUUGUCCAAACGCCUCUCAAAUUGAAGGCAUUCCAUCAUUAGUGGGACAUCAUUUCAGCAAGACUUGGGCUACAGAUUUCAAGCCCUGUGUAGUAACACAACCAAAAAUGAGUGAAGUCAUGAUUAAAGAUGGACCUCAACUUAAUGAAAUAGAGACCAUGUCAUCUUUAGCCCUAACUUGCCCGCAGAAAUCCUCUAUACCUGGAUUUCCAUCUGCUCUUGAAACUACCAUAAUCUAUAAUGUGUCCAAUUGGGUUAAUCUCCUUCCAUCUUGCCCGACUGUCUCAAGUAUGGCUGGCUUUCCAUCACUCCAGAAUGCUGACAGCAAAGACUGGAACACCACUCAUCUGCCAUUAUGGGAGAAGCAAAUUAAUGAGUCUGUAUUACCACUGGAGGAUAAUAAAAUAGACGACAUCUUGAAAGGAGCUGUUUCUCUUGCACAGAGUUGCCCAAGACAGUCUCACCUCUCUGGAUUUAGUUCUGUACUGAAAUCCCGAAUGAUUAAUGUUGACAUGACAAAUAUGGUCAGUCUUUCAAAUUCAUGCUCGAAAGUGUCACAAAUAGCAGGAUUUCCAUCAUGUCAUAAUCCACAAGAGUGGACAACAAGCAAGGAGCCACUGUAUGAACCAAAGAUGAAAGAAGAGCAGGUGUCCUGUGACAUAUGUGAAAGAGAAAAGAAAACAGAGAAAGCAAUAAUUUCUCUUCUGCCAUCCUGUCCCAAAGUGUCAAGUAUUCCUGGUUUCCCAUCGGUUCCGCAUCCCAAAAUUGUGUAUUUUGCCCUAAAUGCAGUCAACCUCCUUCCUUUGUGCCCUCUAAUUUCUACUAUCCCUGGAUUUUCAUCAGUUGAAGGACACAAGCAAGAAGGAUGGGCUUCUGAAUUGGGUUCAUUGAUGCACAGGCCACAAAAGAACAUCCAGUUCAGGAUUAAACACUCUGCAAUUUACAUAGACGAACCAAGCUACAUGCUUCCUCUGGCUCCCUCUUGCCCAAGAGCAUCAGUAAUUCCAGGAAUCCCAUCUGUUCCCCGAUACAGUAUUCUAAGUCUCAUAUCUGUUUGCCCCAAAGUAUCUGGUUGCCCAGGAUUUGCGUCCUAUGAUGACGGCUCCGAAUUUGGAUGGAUUUUUGAUUCACACACUCUGUAUGUUAGUCUUCCAAAAGAGACCGUUUUUGUGAUUGACGAUCCUAAACAAGAUGGACAAACUAUGAAGAAAAUGUUAGCCUUAGCACUAUCUUGCCCAGAAGCAUCCAGGAUCCCUGGAUUUCCCUCCAAACCUCAACUGAAAUCAAAGCUUGAAUCCAGUAUGAUCAAUUUUGCACCGUGCUGCUCCACCGCUUCACGUCACGAAGGAUUUGCAUCCAUGACUAUAGUCCCAAACAUAAAGUGGCUAAGUGGAACAAAGCAACUUUUAAGAAAACCUCAGAAGAAGAGGGCAGAACUAUUUAUGUCACACGCUGGACCAGAACAACCACACUGCUACAACAUGAAAAGCAUGCUGACAUUAGUGACAUCCUGCCCAAAAAAGGCCAGAGUAUGUGGCUUUCCUUCUGCUCAAAUUAUAAAUAGACCACCAGACAUGAUCAGCUUAUGCACAUGUGCUCCAUGUGUUUCAUGUGUCCCAGGAUUUCCAUCAUUAAGAAUGCUUAACUAUGAAAGUAUAAAUAUACAAACUAGGACAACAAAGAACGAGAUCUUGUUUGAGAAGCUGCAGAUUGAAAAGAUUCUUAUUGCAAAUUUUCCAGCAAAACAAGAACAUAAACAAGAGGAAAUGAAGGGCAUGGUAGCAAUGGCUUCAUCAUGUCCACAUCUGACUCAAAUUCCUGGACUUCCCAGUGUUUCACACUUAAAUCCAACAUUGCUACCUUCUGCGGAAAAGCAUACAUUGCAAGAAUUUCCAAUUGAACAGUUAUGUCCCAAAGACACAACAAUUCCUGGUGGCCCUUCUGCAGCUGUUAGCUGUCACAGUACAGAGCUUGCAAAUGAUAACAAGGUCAAAGGUGCUGCAAAGCAAAACAUAGAACUUUGUGUUGAUAACGGAAAAUCACAAGUAGAGAGGGCACAAGGAAAGGAAACCCAAACUGUGAAGAAAACAGUGGACACAUCAGAACCAGUGGGUGUCUUGGGUUGGGAAGUACUGGAGGCAGAGGGAACAAUAACAGAAAAACAAGCAGACUCUUCUAUGUCAGCAAAGGAAGAACAGACCUCUGGAUUAGUAAAGACUAUUGUAGAUGUUUUCCACAAAGGUUAUGAAACAGUAGCAUCCAUUUUGGGGCCAUCUAGCUUGGCUUUAGCUGAAGUUGAUCACCAACCCAAGGCUGUCUCUUCUAUGGGUCUAAACGACAAGACAGUUACCCCUUCGGAUGAGUUUUUUCCAGAGUUCACAGAUACAUCUACAGCCUUACAGAAGACAACGGGCAAGUUUGAAGACAUUCAGACCACACUUGUUAAAUAUCCAACAAGUGUUGAGCCUUACAUGCGGGACUUGGUAGAUGAUCGAUCGUCUCCAUUGCCAGCUACCAAUAAUGAUGAAGGGUUUUCAGUUUGUGCAAGCAUGAAGAAAUGGCCGCCACUGACAGAGGCAGAUAUCACUGAAAUAUCAAAACAAGAAAAUAAACAAGUAGAGGAACAUGAGGCCUCCCUUGGUCAAUGGUGCCAAAAGGACAGAUUACUCAAAGGGCAAGACUCUGAGGUAGAGACUGAAGUAGAACAGGGUGAGGUUAGAACAGUGUUGACUUCUUCCGGGCUGGACAAAGGCCCCCAACAAAACAUGUUGGAAGAAAUUUCAGCUACAUCCCUGCAGCCUACACCAAAUGACCCACUUACAAAUACCAAUAAACUCUGGCACAAACCCUCAGAUGAUCAAAACAUUAGUCCAGUUACAGCACAAGCUGGCAUUGCUGUCCCUCAGCGAGGCAGACAGCUGAAGCGAAAAGUUCAAGACCCUCAACAGAAAGGCUGUGAUCAAGAAGGAGACACUGUUCCUGUCCGGCCACUCAGAAGGAAGCACAGCCUAACAACAGAUCGCAAACAACAAGUUGAUGUCUUGUCUGUCAAGUGCCUCCCUGAAGUUUUUCCAGUUCAGUCUGUAAAGGAAACUGCUGCUGCUGAGAUACUUCCUACACCAUCUGCCACUGACCAAGCCCCCUCUUGCAACAUAAAGAAAGCAGACAGCAACGUUCCUCUAGGUGUACCCCAGAAUGGUCAUCAAAUUGAAAGUGUUAACGCUCAAGUGACAUCUUCCACAGAUGACUAUAAACACAAAGGGGAAGCUGAAUCAGUGCAAACAUCCAUGGAUGUCAUUCCUCCUCCUCGUCUGAAAAGAAGAGACGAUAGUUUGUCACCUGGAACUCGACAAAAAAAUGCCCCUUACAAGGCACUGAUGUCUGUCACUACUACAAAACAAUCUGUCCCAAUAGUUCAUGAUCGACAUGAUUUGAAAGCUACAGUUAGUUCUGUUUUGGAAACAGAUCUUGUUAUUUGCCAACCUUGUGAGAGAAGACCUGAUGUCUCAGGUAGCCUUGGACCAUUACUGAAUAUUGAUAAACCCAGUCAAACAGCCAAUGACACAAGCUCCUCACAAAUGACAGAAGAAAAAGAUUUUGUAUUAAAAGAACAUUCUACAGAAGCUGAUUUGGUUAGGAGUGCAUCCCUACAGACAGACACAGAAUUGGUUUGCUCAACGGAACAAGAAGACGCCUCUUGUCCUCUGGAAUGCCCCAAAAAAGAUACUAAUGCAUCUAUCCAGUCUCCAUCUCACAAAAUUCAACCCUCAGAAACUAAAGAAAUUAAGAGAAUCAGUCCAAAGUCAGAUAUAUUUCAUGUUGAGCAAACUGCUCCCCUUUCAAUCAUUAAGAAGAUUCGUCUUCCUCAACGUGGCAAGAAGAUGCCUUCAAGCAAAUCUGUCGGAACUAGCCCUGACAAGGGAAUUGUGGCACAAAAUGUACAUGUUACAAACAAGGAGACUAUUACACUGACCCAGUCCAACACAAAAGUGGAUAAUAUGAGAGAAAUAAAAUGGCCAACGAUAGCUGAUGACACAUGUGUUGGCACAAAUGAUAUCACAUCUUCUCAGAAAUCAGAUGUGGACGCAGGAAGUGACAAAUACACAACUCAUCCUAUCCCAAGGCCUCGUGUGAGGAAACAUCUCAGUGGCUCAUUCCCAGAUGACUGUAUAGCUACAGAGAGAGCAUCCCAGGUCUCCAGUGGAGAGGAGGCACAAGCAACAAGACAAAAUGAACCUAUGUCCACUUCUACAAGAACUAAUGGAUUAUCAGUAGAGACACAGAGUAAAGACAUUUUGUUUCUGUCUCCAGCUGACCAGUCUUCUACAUCUAUAGAAGAAGUGACUGGUGUACAGUUGAGGAGAAGCAGAUUUUCAGUUGAGAAAACUGUUCAAAAAGAAGAUAAUGAGACUUCAGAGAAAACACCAAGACCCUCAAGCUUGCCUGUACCAAAACCAAGAGUAAAGAAACGUCUCAGUGAUUUGUUUCCAUAUGACUCUGCAAUUUCUGACUCAUCACCUUUCUGCCAGUCAGACACUGUAGCUGAUACCGGUAAACCUACAAUGGUUUUACAACAUGAACAGUCAAGCUUGCCUGUCCCAUUGCCUCGGGCCAAGAAACGCCUUAGUGCAACUUUUUCAGAUAGCGCACAACCUGUAGAGAGUUUAGUUUCCACAGAAAUGGAAUUGCCUCAGACAAACCUAAGUGAUAAAACUGUCGCUAGUAAGGAAACAAAGGAAGGCUCAACAUCACUGGAUUCAAGUAUCAUCUCUGAAGGAGAUUUUGUUGCAAUCCACGGUGAAGAUGAUGUUUCAUUGGAGUUGGAAAGGGACGUGCUUGCGGCAAAAGAGUUUUCUGAGUCACACUCUGUAGAAGAUACUGAUGAAAUCAUUGAAGGCUGGACCUUUACGGAUGAAUUUGUUUCAGAUGACUUGAAGAAAGCUACAGAGAUGAUUUCAGAGGAGGUUCACAUUGAAAAAGUCCUGGAAGCAGAGGUUGAUAGGCCACUUGCUUCAACUGUUGAUUCCUCUCAGGAUGACUGGCUGCAUGUAGAGAAUGAUAAAGACAAUGAACUAAUGGAAAUAAACGUAAGGAAGGAAAGGGAUGAAGAAUUGGACUUUGGCUUUGUUUCUGUAGAUGUAGGUUGUUCAGAGAAUCAAAGACAAAGGGAGAGUAGAGAAGAAUCUUCAGGUCUAUCUGUACCUCAUGGCAAGAAGCGUUUGAGUGGUUCUUCUCUAGAUGACAGAAAGUCCCAAGUUUCUCCCCUCCAAACAAAUGAAUCAACAAUGCCUCAGAAAAGACCUGCAGUUGGGGCUGCCUCUCCAGAUAAUCUAUCAGCCAAUCCCAACUUGGUGAUGUCCAGUCAGUCUCUGCUGGAAUGGUGUCAGGAGGUCACACAGGGUCACAAGGGAGUAAAGAUCACCAACUUUAGCACCUCCUGGAGGAAUGGUCUGGCCUUUUGUGCCAUCUUAAAUCACUUCCACCCAGAAAAGAUUAAUUAUGAAAUGCUGGAUCCAUAUGACAUCAAGUACAACAACAAAAAGGCCUUUGAUGGCUUUGCCGAACUUGGCAUUUCCAGGCUAAUGGAGCCUUCAGACAUGGUCAUGAUUGCAGUACCUGACCGCCUCAUCGUCAUGACGUACCUCAACCAGAUCCGCACCCAUUUCACUGGCCAACAGCUCAGUGUGCUGCACAUAGACAAGAACAGCAGUGAGUCCAGCUAUGCAGUUGCAGGGGAAAAGGAGAGCCAAGAGGACCCAGAGGCAACUGUUCGCUACUGUGCCCAGCGGCUCCAGGAGGAGGGUAUAACUCUUGAGACUAAUGGGAAUGUAAGCACUGCAGACAAGGAGAGUAAAGCCAGUAAGGAUGUGGUGCCACCUCCCAGAGCGAAAUGGUUGCAGGUUGCAGGGGCAGGUGGAGCUCAAUCUCCAGUGGCACCACCAAGGACUCAUUUCCUGUCUAAGUCAGGCUUCUCUCAUGUCAAAGACGCUGAUCUGGUCAAGAAACGUAGGUCACAGCGCAGGAGUGGGUCAGUAGAAGGAGCAGACAUAUCAGUGGCUGUUGCAGCACCAGAAGACCAGGGCAAGACAGAAACUGAGAGAACAGACGAUGUGGUCGAAGAGGAAAGGCCAGAAGGCCAGGAUCCCAGCCAGUAUGUGCUGAAUCAGAUGGAAGCCCUGGAAGCAGAACAAAAUCAUAUUGAUACCAGAGCAGGUGUGGUGGAGAGGAAACUCAGACAGUUACUGGAAACAGGCAGUGACAAGGUGGAGGAGGAGAGACUGAUUCAGGAAUGGUUCACGCUGGUCAACAAGAAGAAUGCUUUAAUCCGGAGGCAGGACCAUCUGCAGCUACUGUUGGAAGAACAAGACUUGGAAAGAAGAUUUGAGCUGUUAAACAAAGAGCUGAGGGACAUGAUGGCAAUUGAAGAGUGGCAGAAGACUCAGGUCCAUAAGCACAGAGAGCAGCUGCUCCUUCAGGAACUAGUGUCACUGGUCAACCAGAGGGACGAACUGGUCCACAAUAUAGAUGCCAAGGAAAGAGGAGGUCUGGAGGAGGACGAGCGCCUCGAACGUGGCCUGGAGCAACGCAGGAGAAAGUAUGCUAAACAGCAGAAAGAGAAGUGUGUGAUGCAGUGACUCUAUAAACCCCGAGCCCUCAAACACUGGAUUACCGGUCUGAAAGAAAGUGGUCAAAGGAAAUGAAAAGACUAGUCCAAGACUUGACAGUUGAACACGAUCCUCUAUGACGUGCUGUCAUAUUGAUUGGUGUGGCUUUAAGUUAACAGUAAGGGGACAUUUUGCUCAAACUUGUCACCACAGCUGAUCCGAGGAGAGUACUACCCCUGAAGAAACACUAAAACAGUAUGGGCUUGCUGAGUAUUUCCACUGAUGACUCAGAUGUUCUAGAACCAAAGUUGUACUCUGAUAAGGGUCAGUCACAGAAUGUUUAGGUUCUGUAUCAACUGAAUUGUUAGAUUUUUGGCUUGCUCUCCUUUUUCAGUGGUCAGAAUGUGGUACCAGGCUCUAUUUUAUGACCUGAAGAUCAAAGCCAUCUGGGUAGUAUCGUUUUCACAUAUAUACACUUUCAAACAUUAUAGGAUGCUUAACACAAAGGAAUGCCAAGCCAUUCAGCAGAGGAGGUGUCAGUGCCAUUUGCUUUGCAGUUUCUUUAGUGUUUUUUUUCUGUUUUUAAGCACUGUUGUUGUAUGUUGUGAUCAUGAAUGUAAGUUGGGUUGGAAACUGGAAAUGUUGGGUACAAACAAAAACAGUCUAGGCUAGGGCUAACAGAGGUUGAUGGUCUGAAGACUGACAUUAUUACUGAUGUGAUGCAUUUAUAACUACCAUACAAAUGUCUUUGUUGCUCUUAUUAGCAGGACAUUGUAAUAAGAUGACUGAAAAAUAUUUCAAGUUCAUUUUUCCAUUGGUCUAAGGAUUUGGUAAAUUUAGGCUUAAAGGACUAAUGUGUAAGAUUUAGCGGCAUUUGGCAGUUAAGGUGCUGAUUGCACACAACCAAAUGCGCCACGCCUAACCCUCUCCUUCCAAGUGUGUUCAAGAAAUUACUGUGACUGCUUAAAACGCAAAAGGCUACCAGUGUUUGGUUUGUCUGUUCUGGGCUACUGUAGGAAGAUGGCAGAGGACUUGCUUUGUAGAUGCUCAUUGUAAGGUAAUGAAAACACAGAAAUUUGUACUUACAGGGGAUUAUAUACAACUGAAAAAAAUAAUUAGGAAUAUUUUAUUAAAUUUUUGCCAAUAGGUCCCUGUUGAACUGGACCUUUAAAAAAAUGCCUAAUCAUUACGUAAGGACAUGGUCCAGGCUAUGGUCAUUGUGCAACUCAGACUUCUAACUAACUCAUUCGUUGGAUUAAUUUAAAGUUUUAUUAUUUAUUCAGAUAUACCACCUGGAGAAGCAGAGACAAGUAUGCCUGCUUCUUUGGGAAGUACUUUUACCAAAGCUAGCCACCUUUAUUAUUGCAGCUUUUGACUUCCAUCUGUGCAGAAAUUAUCAUCACAGUCCAGUUACAUUUAAACUCCGUGUAAGCUGUUAAUGAAACUAACAUUUCUGAGACUUAAGAUAAGAGAUUUAGUUAUCCUUCAGGAGGAAAAUGAGGAUUUGUUUUAAGUAUUGAAACACUUUCACUGAGUCCUCCCUUUUAUUUUACUGUACAAGCCAAAUAUUCCUGACCACAAUAUUGAUAUUUGCUAAAAGUAAAUUGACAUCUUCAUUGAUUUGACUGAGAAAUGCAGCCUCUUUUUGUUUCUCUUCUGAAGAGUUUUUACUUAAGUAAAAAAAAAUUUUGUGUGUGUGUAAAAGUUUGCAGUUUCUUGUCAUCCAGAUGGUUGUAGCAGUUCUGACCACCAGAUGUGUGAUUGUGUUACAGCUUGUCAGAAAGAUUGCAGUUGGAAAGUUUUCAUUUGUGGCUUUUAUGUAACAUUUGCACUAUUUGUAAAGUUUGCAAAAUACAAAAUACCUUUACGCAUCA